GUCGUUUGACGUUCAAAUUCGCGCCAAAUAGGCGUUGGAAAGAUCAUCUCUUGUUUGGACGAACGGUAAACAGAGCCAGCGAAAUACGAUCCUCGAGCAUACACAAAGCAUGGCCUCCUCCGGUGAAAACAAAGUUUUGCAUCAACUAAUACAAAAACUAGGCUUAGCCAACUAUGAGUCCGUUGCACCUAAAGCGACCGAACUGCAACGGCUGCUAGCGAUCCGUUCGUCCAGCGGCGCGAUGGCUAAUAUCGGUGACUACGCCAAAGCAACGCUCUGCAUAGAUCUCGCCUCCAGCCUGCUCGGCUUACCGUUCGACAAUGAUACGGCACUGAAGCUGUCCGGCCUCAAGAAACCUUCCUACGCCAACGGGCGCCGUACGUUGGAGAAAAUUCUGGAUAUAAACAAAACGCUCGGUAUUGGCGAGAUAUGCGUGCAGGUCGGGCUGAGCCAGGUGCAGAAGGAUGCGACCGCACUGCUGGAAGCGUACAAGCGGUACGCCGGCGAUCAGGGAGGCGUAACCGAUUUCACCCACCCGCAGUACGCAACGAUGGCCGUGUUUCAGGCCUGCAAGCGCCAGAAGCUAAAACCACCGAAGUCAAAACUUGUCCCGUUGAGUCAUUUAAAGCCGACCCAGUGGGCGAUGUUGGAGAAGAAUUGGGACAAAUUUUUGUCCACUGUACCGGUCGACAUGAGUGCGAAACAGCUGACAGGGAAGGCGCUGGAUCCGAGCAUCAUUAGGGAUAAGGCACAGGAGGCCAGCAGCAGUAAUGGUAGUAGUGCAGGCCGGAAACAUCCAAGCCCGGAAAAGAUCGAACCGUACCAGAACUGGAAGAAGCGCAUGCUUGAAAAGGCAUACCGGGAGUUGGAGCUGCUGCGGGGUAGUGGGUAGGGUAGCGAGUGGGCAAUUUCCAGGGACCACAUUCCGCCCGUUAGACAUUUAGCUUAAGAGAAAGCGUUGUUUCCGUAUGUUAUUCUAGUGUUACACAGGUGCCAAUACGCAUGUAAGAGAUUUUAUGCUACUCCACUCUCUACCAUAUGAUCGUGUGAAUCGCAAGUUUUAAAUUUAAGAAAUAAAUUCCUACAAUGAGUCCAAACAA